AUGAGUCAAUCACAUUCUGUACCUCCGUAUUUUGACGGAAGUAAUUAUGCCUAUUGGAAGGUUAGAAUGCGUGCGUUUCUUAAAUCUUUAGAUGAGCAUGUUUGGGUAAGUGUGCAAAAUGGUUGGAAACCUCCCUCUACUAUCGUAUCAGGAACUGUUAACCUUACCGACAUAUCACUAUGGACUAAGGAUGAAAUAACUGAGUGUAAUUGGAAUAGCAAGGGUCUUCAUGCCCUGUUUAUGCCCGUGUCUCUCGAAGAGUUUAGGAGAGUGUCAAUGUUUGAAGAAGUGAGAAUGAAGGAUGAUGAAAUGUUUGACGAAUUCUAUGCUAAAUUGAAUGACAUUGUUAACUCUAGUUUCAAUCUAGAAAAGUCCAUAGCCCUAAAAUCCAUCAAAGAAGAUGAAUUUUCUGAUACUGAGUCACUUAGGGACGAGGAAAUCGCAUACUUUGUUAAGAAAUUUCAAAAAGUUCUCAAGAAUAGGAGAAAACCUCAGGAUAAAAAGAGUGGAGCUCCUAGCAGAUUCACAAAAGCAAAAACUGAAACGUUCAACAAUAAAGGGUCGAGUGAUAAACCACGUUUGGUUAGGUGCCAUGAGUGUCAAGGUAUAAGUCACUUUAGGAAUGAAUGCCCUAGUUAUAAGAAGAACCAAAGAAAAGGGAAAGGUAGGGCCUUAGUUGUCUCAUUUACAGAUAAUGAAUCUGAGACCAGUGACAGACAGGAAUCUUCUAGUAGUGAGGACGAAGGAAACUAUAUGGCAUUUGUAUCAACUGUUAAGAGUGAAUCUGAUAAGGAGAGCGACAAGGUUGAGGAAGAACUUCCAAACGAUAAUUCUAAAAAAGAGAAACUUGCUAGUAAUCUUCAGAAUUCACUUAAGAGUGGCAGUGAGUUAAAGUGUGUCAAUGAGAAGUUAGAAGAUAAGAUUAAGACUUUGACUAGUGAAUUGGUGAAAUUUAAUGCUCAUCUUCAGACUUUCGUAAGUGGGACUAAGAAAUUGGACAAUAUUUUGGAAAUGAAUAAGCCUGUAGGAGAUAGGAAGGGUCUAAGAUAUGUUGAGAGUAAUACACAUGUUGCUGGACCUUCUAAGACUGUUUUUGUUUCUGCCUCUAAGAAAGUUAAUGCUGUUAGUAGUUCAAAUAAGGGUAAGAAUGUUCCGAGAGAACAGAGCCAUCAAUCACGUAGGAACUUUAUACCCAGAUACCCUCAGCCACGUACCUUUGAGCCUAGGUUCAUUCCCACCUAUCACCACUGUGGAGCCUUAGGACACACUAAGCCUAGAUGCUAUAGGUUAGGGAAUGAGCGUAAAAAUCUGAACAUUCCUAGUCAGGUUAGCUUUCUGUCUAAUCAGGUUAGUCAUUUAACUGAGAUGCUUACUAAGCUUACUAGGAGUACUUUAUCAUCUAAGAAAGUUUGGGUCAAAAAGGGUGAUCUAGCUAGACUUUCAGGUCAAGAAAAGUGUUUUGUUGCUCAUGUUGCAUUGAAAGCCCAAAAUUACAACAUGUGGUACCUAGAUAGUGCAUGUUCUAGACAUAUGUGUGGUAAUAAGAUAUGUACUGUGUAUGAUUCGUUUGGUGGGGUGGUUCUUGAAGGGGUUCGAACAACUGAUAAUUGUUAUGGAGUCUUGCCUAAUUCUAACUAUGUGUGUAGGAGUGCUAAAAUUGAUGUGAGUGAACUCUGGCAUAAAAGAUUAGGUCAUUUGAACUAUAAGAGUCUAGUACAACUGGCUAAGAAAGAAUUGGUAGAUGGUUUGCCUAAGAUAGGUCCUAGUGAAAAUGUUGUGUGUGGACCAUGUUAA